AUGGCUAAACAAAUCACAGAUAUCAAAGAAUUCGUUGAAUUAGCAAGAAGAUCAGAUAUUAAAUCAGCUAUCGUUAAAGUUAAUUCAAAAAUUAACAAAAAUGGUAAAAAAUUUAAACAAACUAAAUUCAAAGUUAGAGGUUCAAAAUAUCAAUAUACUUUAGUUGUUGAUGAUGCUUCAAAAGCUAAAAAAUUACAACAAUCAUUACCACCAACUUUAAAAAUCACCAACUUAUAA